CUGAAUGUGAUGUGUUUACAGCUGGGACUGAGAAUGCAACAUUUUGCCUCUAGAAUGCAACAAUGUGCAGACAAAUGUAGUAGCACAUGAACGGACACCAAACGGUCAGCAUUAAUUUGCAGCGACACGCGAGCUGCGACCUCGCGAAAAGCUGAAAACACUUCAAAAACUCUAAUGGAUACUGCAGACUUUAAUGAGCAAAACUGUCUGACUGCUACUUAGAAAGUCAGUUUGCGUGCUUGUUUUGAGCGAAGCCCAUCUGUCAACAGUCCAAAGUGCUCUCAAAGGUGAAGUGCGCUGUCAAUGAGAAUCAUCAUCAUCGUCCUCAUCUGUACCGAAUCAUGAUGCUGAUGCGGCGGGCUGCGCGGAGGUGUUUACUGAACGAGAGUAACGGAUAAAUUAGAGGCUCUUACCUCACGUAAUCCAGCAGUGACUCAAAACUACUUUUCUAACUAUUCCUAAGGAUGUUCUCCGAGCAGGCUGAUUUAAACUACAGCUUUAACAUGAGCGAGGAAGACAGGUUAACUCUUCUAGACGAGGACUGGAGCAAUUCGCCGGUGGAGACGCUCUCACGGGCGGGCUUUAUCACCCUGUCCGUGUUCCUAGGAUUCAUCAUGACUUUCGGCUUUUUCAAUAACUUUGUCGUAUUAGUCCUCUUUUGUAAGUUUAAGACGCUUAGGACGCCGGUUAACAUGCUGCUUCUUAAUAUCAGCAUCAGUGACAUGUUGGUGUGUAUGUUCGGGACGACCCUGAGCUUCGCGUCCAGUGUGCGGGGACGGUGGCUGCUCGGACGGCACGGCUGCAUGUGGUACGGCUUCAUCAACUCCUGCUUCGGCAUCGUGUCUCUGAUAUCCUUGGUGGUUCUUUCUUACGACCGCUACAGCACAUUGACGGUGUACCAUAACCGUGGCCCAGACUACCGCAAACCUCUUCUGGCAGUUGGGGGUUCGUGGCUCUACUCUUUGAUUUGGACGGUGCCCCCUCUUCUAGGCUGGAGUAGUUACGGGCUGGAGGGUGCAGGAACCAGCUGCUCUGUAUCUUGGACUGAGCGUACAGCCCAGUCUCAUGCCUACAUCAUCUGUCUGUUUAUAUUCUGCUUGGGCCUACCAGUACUCGCCAUGGUCUACUACUAUGGGAGACUGCUCUAUGCCGUCAAACAGGUAGGGAAGAUACGCAGAACUGCAGCGCGAAAACGGGAAUACCACGUUUUGUUCAUGGUUAUCACCACCGUGGCGUGUUACCUUUUGUGCUGGAUGCCUUAUGGUGUCGUGGCCAUGAUGGCUACAUUUGGCCGGCCAGGAAUCAUCUCACCCGUGGCAAGCGUGGUGCCCUCUCUUCUCGCCAAGAGCAGCACGGUCAUCAACCCACUCAUAUACAUCCUGAUGAACAAACAGUUCUACAGGUGUUUCUGCAUCUUGUUCUGCUGUCAGAGGUCGUCACAGGAGAACGGUCACUCCUCCAUGCCCUCCAAGACCACAGUCAUCCAGCUCAACCGUAGAGUCCACAGUAACACUGUGGCCUGCACCGCUCAGAUCUCCACCGGCAUCCACAACCACGACUGCAGCACUCCUGACACAGAAAGGACCAACCCUCCAGAGGUCAUCACCUAACCUGCACCGCCUCAGCUCAGCUGCCCUGCAGUUAAGACGUCAAUCAUGACGUAGACAAUGUGAGUGACUGUCAACUCUGCCUUGUCCUGCCUCGUUUCCUGUGUUUUUUCUUUUGCAGUUGCCACAAUGAAUUGUUAAUCAAUUAGAAGGAAAAAAAAAUGUGGAGAGUCAAUGCAUUUCAUUGCUGAUUAGUGAGGUCUUGUCACUGUGCAUGAAGAACCUUGAGUAAUCUUACUUUGCUGUAUAUUAAAAAAAAAAAAAAAAAAAAAAAAAAAAAAAAAAAAAAGCAAACAAACCAAAAAAACAAAACACACACGUGUUUCCAUGUUUUAUGGGGACAUCCCAUAGGUGUACCGGUUUUUAUACUGUACAAACCGCAUUUUCUAUUGCCCUACACCUACCGUGUACCUAAACCUAGCCCUCACAGGAGAAUGUGCACACUUUUACUUUCUCAAAAAAACAUGGGGACAAGGUCACACUUUACUGGUACUACUAUCCUUUUGGGGAGAUUUGGUGCCCAUAAUGUGAUAAAUACCAGAUACAGACACACACACACACACACACACACACAAACUUACCGACCCCAAACUUUUGAACAGUAGUGUAAAUGUAGUAAAAAUGACAAUUUUAAUUUCAAGUUUUCUUCAAUAUAAAUUAUACGUUGGAUAUUAAACUACUCUGCUGCUUUUCAAAUGUAAUAUGCACAAUAUAUUGUAACCUUUUUUGUGUAGUAUUUGAAUAUUUUUGCCAAAAAUAUGAAGCAUGCAUUUUUUCAACUUAAUUUGCACAGUGGGAAAGAUAUUAAAUAUUAGAUUAAUUGGACCAAUUAUUCAAGUAUUUGCAGCCCUAUUUUCAUUUCUUUUAUAUACAUAGACUUUUGUCUUUUAUUGUCUUCAAAAUGAUUUUGCAUUGACUAUUAUUUAUUUUUAUAUGUCUGUUACACAAACUCCUUAAGAAAAGGUGGUUGAAUUAUAUAUAGUAAUUAUGUCAAAGUUUAACAGUAAGUUUUUUUCUUGGCUAGAACAACACUUAACCAUUAUGCGUUACCAAAACCAAAGAAAGAGCAUAUCUGUUUUAUCAUGCCUCACAUUACUCCAUUCCAUGUUUCAUAUAGUGAGUUAUAUUGCUAUCUGAGCCCAUACUCACUAAUGUAUGGAAAAGUAUUUUACCAUAACGUAGAGGCACACUGAACCAGAUCACUCCACGUGACAUCGAAAGUGUUUCAGGAACUACGCAAUAAGUAAAGAACUGGAUUUCCACAGGGGGAACCUUUAUCCCAAAAGACCAAACACCUUAUGCAUAAUACAUAGAGAUGAACAUUUCACUUGGGAUCCAGAAUUGUGAAUUCUCAGAGGGAUUUACACAAAAAGAAAAGAAAAAAAAAAAAAAAAAAGAUUUUAGUGUUUGAAAUGUGCUGAAUGUAUGCCUGGGGUUAAAUAGUGUCUCUAAGGACUCAAUGACACUGCUCAAAGUCAUCGCUCCCGUCGCCAUAGUACCGUAAGGACCGUGUAUAAAGUGCCAAACACACCAAGAGGAACAAUGUGAGCU